AUGAGCAUAUUUCUAAGAACUUCCGACUCUAUCUUACCGCAGUAUUUAAGAGGAAUAAGAUCGUUUAAUAAAUCGAAAUGUUUCGUACCUUACUCAUUACAUGGGCCUGGUAUUAGAGCAUUUUCUGGAUCUUCUUCAUAUUUACAAGGGCCAUCAUUAGUGGGAGAGACUGGAACAAGUAAAAUAAGUGCUAAUAAUGAUGCGUUGCAGAAAUUUUAUAGCAAAUACAAGGUAUUGGCUAAAUUGCAGAAAAAUCCCAGAUUCUCUGGGUAUUUUAAGAAAUUGUCACAAGUGGGAGCAUUACCUACCAUUACAGCUCUCGUACUACUUCACGAACUGACUGCUGUUGUACCUCUUCUGCUGUGCUGGUACACUCUCUACAAAGCCAACAUACUAGGGAAUAUUGAAAUCACGAAUGACUUCCUGAUCAGGUGUACUGAGUCAAUAGAAAGAUUGAUUGGCGAUAAAUAUGACAGUUUCGAUAGGAACAGACUGAUUCUAAGCGGUGCUUUCUCAUAUGCAUUUGUAAAGAUAAUAGGUCCAUUGAGAAUGCUCGUAAGUCUUUGGGCUGCUCCCUAUGUAGGUAAAUACUUGAUCGUACCAUUCUAUAAGUUAAAAAGACUACUCAAGAAAUGA